AGUAUAGGGGUAUUAUAGCAAAAAAGAACCUUUUCAAUAAAGCCAUUAACCGACUCUCAUUUUCCGUUAAUUAAUAACUGAAAAAAAAAUACACUCUGAAAUUUCAGAAUGAACCAAAUUCUUCUUCCUUCUUCUUCUUCUUCUUCACUGAUUAACCAAACCCUAACCCUAAAUCUAAUCCCAGGUCUCCCCAACGACAUCGGAGCUUUGAUCCUCUCCUUCAUCUCAUACUCUCACCAUGGCCGUCUCAAAUCCAUCUGCAAGUCGUGGAAGCUUUUUCUCUCUUCGAAGGCCUUAAUUUCACUUCGCCAUAGCCACGGAAGCCGUUCUCUUUCUCACCUUCUAUGUAUAUUCUCACAAGAUCCUUCCGUGGCUUCUCCUUACCUCUUCGAUCUUCAAAAUCUCGCUUGGUGUCCUCUCCCUCCUAUGCCUUGUAACCCUCACGUUUACGGGCUUUGUAAUUUCACUUCCGUUGCGAUCGGUCCUUUCCUUUAUGUUAUCGGUGGUUCGGUUUUUGAUACUCGUUCGUUCCCGUUGGAUCGUCCGUCGCCGUCUUCGGCUGCUUUUAGGUUUGAUUUUUGUACUUGGAAAUGGGAACGGAUUUCGCCGAUGAUUUCUCCGAGAGGGAGUUUUGCGUGUGUGGCGGUUCCGAAUUCGGAUAGGAUUUUGGUCGCCGGUGGUGGUUCGCGGCAUAAGUUGUUCGCCGCUGCUGGGAGUAGGAUUAGCUCUGUUGAAAUGUAUGAUGUGAAGAGAGAUGAGUGGGUUUCGCUUGAUGGAUUACCGAGUUUUCGAGCGGGUUGUGUUGGAUUCUUUGUUGAAGAUGGGGAAGAGAAUAGUGAGUUUUGGGUAGUUGGUGGGUAUGGUGAAUCGAGAACGAUUUCGGGGAUGUUUCCUGUUGAUGAGUACUGUAGAGAUGCUGUGGUUAUGGAAAUGAAGAAUGGAAAUGAUGGAAAGUGGCGGGAGAUUGGGGAUGUUUGGAAAAUUGGAGAGAGGAUUAGGCUUGGGAAGAUUGUUGUUGUUGAAGAUAAGGAUCAUAGAUGCUCUGGUGUUUACAUGCUUGAUGGGAUUGACAUUCUCAGAUACGACAUGGAUUCAAAUCGUUGGCAGGAGGAGUCACAUGUCCCGAAAGAGGAGCGGUGCACCUUAUCAUCAAUAGGUUUCGUUGCGUUGGACGGUGAGUUGCUCGUAAUUACAGUUAAGAAGGGUGUUGAGUCAGGAGAGAACCGAAGAUGUUUACGACAGCAUAAGAAAGGCAGAAGUUUGUACAUUCAAAUAUACAAUCCGAAGAGGAAGACAUGGAGAAGUCUAACUACCAAAUCACCUUUCGUAAACAAAUUGGAUUUUAGUAAUGCAGUUAUGUGCAACAUUCGUAUGUGAAAUAAUUCUUCUUGUAUUAAUUGAUUGCGUAUGCAGUUAGUUGUGUUGGUUUUUUUCUGUAUAGAAAAUGAUUGCUUUGCUUUUAUAGAAAUGAUUUGUAUAGAUAUGAUCAUAAAUAUAUCUCUACCUAUAUAGAAGCUACUUCUGGACAUUUCUGUAAUAUUGUGAAUAUUUACUAAUUGAUGAAAAUAAAAUUAGUCGAUAUUGCUUUAUAA